AGCUUACUUCUUGCCCUUACGGUGGGGUAGCCGACAUCCUGGAUGUCUCGAGUCCUCCACCAGAUUUCCUGCACAUCUUUGGCCUUUCUCCCCACAGCACUUUCCCUCUCUCCCAGUAUCUCCUAAAACUGAUGUUUAAAUUGAGACAAAAUUAGAGUUACAUAGAAAUCGAUCUCCCUCUACCGCGCCGAGUGGGCGGGACCUCGGUCCGGAAGCGGAAGUGCUGGCCGGAGCCUGCCAUUUCCACUGUAGCCAUGGAGGAGUCUCCGCUCAGGGAGCCCGUGCUGGACGCCAAGUCGGAGGUCACCGGUCAGCUUCUAGAUUUUCAGUGGAAACUGGGCAUGGCUGUGAGCUCAGACAGCUGCAGAUCUCUCAAGUAUCCUUAUGUGACAGUGAUGCUAAAGGUGGCAGAUCAUUCCGGCCAAGUAAACAGCAAGUCCAUCGAAAUGACAAUUCCACAGUUUCAGAACUUCUACAGACAGUUCAAGGAAAUGGCCGCUGUGAUUGAGACUGUGUGAGAACUCAUGCAUGAUUCUCAAGUAAUGGACUCUUCCUUCGAAAAGAGAGCUGCCUGUGGAUCACAGCACGUCUAUACAGAGACGAUCGUGCUGCUCGGGCUGGAGAGAUGGCUUGGAGAUUAAAGAGCACUGACUGCUCUUCCAGAGGUCCCAGCACCCACAUGGAAGCUCACAACUGUCUGAAACUCCAGUUCCAGGGGACCCAACACACAUGCAGGCAAAACACCAAUGAUACAGAAUAAAAAUAAUGAAUUAAAAAAGAAUUUCACUUCUAAUUUUUAAAAACAAAUUUUUUUUAAAAAAAUCAGAUAAACACAUAUAUUUUAGUGGUGACCAGUACUUAGCCUAGUCAGUGAGCUAAAAGUGACUGUGUUGACUACUAAUGUGUGUAGAUUAUGAGUAAUUAUAUCAUAAACAGGUGAGUAGUGAUGCUGUUAAUUGCAAUACAGUUUUGUGUAUUAGAAGGAAAUUUUCAAAUCUUACUGAUAGCAGAUCUAACUUAAUAAAUCUUGUCUGGAAUUUAUAUGAAGCUAAGAAAGUAAUAAUCGAUUAAAACUGCUUCACAAAUUCAGUUUUAUGAUAUGCCUCAUGAAAUUAUUAAAGAAAUUA